AUGGAGCGUUUGAAUGGUGGCAACGAAUAUGACCUUGGGCGUGACUUUGUUGCAUCCGUAAGAUUAGACCUUCAACACUAUCUGUGGAAAGAAACGCUCAGAUAUGACCUUCAUCCCCGUGCUGGCGCCGACAGCUCUUCAGUAGGCUUACGCAUCGCGGACGUAGGCACGGGCACAGGAAUAUUCAUCCUCAGCCUCGCCCGACGACUGCCUCCAUCAUGCAGCUUCGUCGGCUUUGAUAUAUCAGACGCUCAAUUCCCUAUUUCAGAAUCUAUCCCAAAAAACGUCUCAUUUCGAGUCGCGAAUGCAAUGACAGAGCCGCCACAUGACCUGCAGAGCCAGUUCGAUAUUGUGCAUUUGCGGCUCUUUGUGUGCGUCGUGGAGAAUAAUGAUCCCCUGCCAGCCUUGAACUUCUGCUUGAAAUUACUUAUGCUGCGCAGAGCCUGGUGGUUUUUUGCAAUGGGACGAGUAUGA